UUAAUACUAUUAUAUAUAUCCUUUAUUUUUGUUAAUUAUAUAUUGAUAGUGUACCCCUAAAUAUUUGGGGAAAAAUUAUUAAUAUACAAUUAAUAUUUCAAAAGAGAUAGAAGGAAAUAAAAAUGACACAAAGGUAAAAAAAAGAGAUCAAAUUCGAAAGAUAUUCGGAUUUAAAUUAAAUUUGUAGAAGGAAAUAAAUACAUAAGGUAAAAAAAUUAAAAAAUCAAGCCCUAUUAAUUUUGCCCAAAUUAAAGCCUCCAGAUUCGAUUGAGUUCCUUGACAAAAGCUUUCUCCUCCGAGUCGCCGCUUUGACUGCGUGCAGUGCAGCAUCCGUCGUCUCCGCCUCUCCGGUCUGCUUCAAUCGCCGAGUCGCCAGUUGAGUACUUGAGAAUUUGUUCUCUCUCCUCGGUUCUCCAAAGACAGGAGAGAUACCACAAACUUAUCUACUUUGAAAAGGAAAUUAAAAAUAAUGAGGAAACAAUCCGAUCUUCGACAAUUUAUCUCCAAAAAGAGAAAAUCUCGUGAUAGUGUAAGCUCUCCGACUUCUAGCUCUCGAGCUGCAAACCCUCUUGCUUCAAACUCUCCAGCUUCAAGCACUCCUGCUUUAAUUGAUAAUGUGUCUCCUUCAAAUGCUAGUGUGUCAUCUCUCGAGAAAGAAUUGAUUUAUGAUGUUGAAUACGUUCCUCAAGAUCCUGGGAAAAGAAAAGACAUAAUGGAGUAUCCUCCACAUGAGCGAGAUGCAGUUAGAAGAGCCUAUAUUCUUAGAAAACCUUGUCAACCAAAAAAUCAUAAAUUUCCUCGAAAAGAAAUUGGAGGUUCGCGUCGAUUUAUGACUUCAUGGUAUGAUAAAUGGGAUUGGCUUGAAUAUAGCAUGGAAGAAGAUGUUGCAUUUUGUUUUGUUUGCUACUUGUUCAAGAAUGAAGUUGGACUUAAUGCGGGGGGAGACGCGUUUGUGAAUAAAGGAUUUAAGUCAUCGAAUAAGCCAGAUAGAUUUAUUAAACAUAUUGGUGGGGUCAGAAGUGCUCAUACUCGUGCUUAUGAGAAGUAUGUGAACCUAAGGGACGGCAAAAAAAUAAUCGAUUCUUGUUUCUUUAGAUAAUGUCAGUGAAGUGAUUAAAAGAGAGUAUGAUAUUCGCUUGAGGGCUUCAAUUUCUUGUUUACGUUAUCUAUUGCGACAAGGCUUGGCAUUUCAUGGGCAUAGAGAAAGUGAAGAAUCCCUUAACAUGGGAAAUUUUCUUGAACUCUUGAAAUGGUCGAGGACACGUAAUGAAAUUAUUUCAAAAGUGACUAUGGAAAAUGCACCUGGAAAUUGUCAAUUGAUAUCUCCAAUUAUUCAAAAGGAUACUAUCAAUUGUUGUGCUAAAGAAACAACUAAGUGAAUUGUGGAUGAUCUUGGUGAGGACUGCUUUGCUAUAUUAGUCGAUGAAUCAAGCGAUGCGUCGCAAAAGGAACAAUUAGCCCUUUGCAUGCGCUAUGUUGAAAAAAAGUGGAAAGGUAGUUGAACGAUUCAUUGGUCUUGUGCAUGUCACUGAUACGACAACUUUGUCUCUUAGAAGUGUAAUUUUAGCUUUGUUUUCUGAACAUUCGCUGAGUCUAUCUAAGAUUCGAGGACAAGGAUAUGAUGGUGCUAGUAACAUGAAGGGUGAGAUACAUGGACUUAAGACUUUGAUUAUGGAAGAUACUCCAAGUGCUUACUACAUCCACUGCUUUGCGCACCAGCUUCAACUAACUCUUGUAGCCAUUCCAAAAGGAACGAUGAGUGUAUUUGGCUUUUUGAUACUAUUGCAAUUUUGUUGAACGUAAUUGGAGUUUCUUGUAAGAUAAGGGAAAUGAUUCGUGAAAUUCAAGCACAAAAAAUCGCUAAAGCCUUAGAGAUUGACGAACUUGAAACAGGGACGGGGUUGAAUCAAGAACUUGGUUUGAAAAGUCCUGGAGGCACUCGUUGGAGUUCUCACUACAAGACUCUUUUGAAUGUCAUGGACUUGUUUUCUGCAAUUGUUAACGUUCUAGUGAUAAUUGGGAAGAAGGGUUCUUCAGAUGAUAAGGCAAAAGCUCAAGGCGUUUUGUACUCAAUAGAGUCAUUUGAUUUUAUUUUUAUGGCACAGCUAAUGACCACUAUAUUUGGGUACACUAAUGAUUUGUGUCUUGCUUUACAAAGAAGGGAUCAAUAUAUUAUUAAUACUAUGAGGCUCGUCACUUUAACCAAGGACCAGUUACAGAAAAUGAGGGAUGUCGGAUGGGAGAUUCAACUGAAUAAGGUAAUCUCAAUUUGCAACAAUCUUGGCAUUGUUGUUCCAGAUAUGGAAGCUCAAUAUAUCCCUCAAGGAAGAUCAAAGCGUUUUGUUCAUGAUGUUUCGUAUCUCCAUCAUUUUUGGGUUGAUGUGUUUAUGAAGGUAAUUGAUUUAUUACUUCAAGAACUUGAUAACCGAUUUGAUGAGGUCAAUAUGGAGUUGAUUAGGUGCAUGGCUUGCUUCUAUCCUAAAGAUAACUUCUCUUCUUUUGACAAGGAAAAGGUUAACAUGAUAUUAUACGAAACACUGGGGCUAUACACCCCGGCCACUAAUAUUCUAAGGAGAAUAGGCAGCAGAGUGAAGUUGGGAAAGUACUAGUUUCCUGCAAACAUGAAAUUUUCUAUUCCGCCUCUAGCCAUCCACCGGAAUCCUGACAUAUGGGGUCAAGACGUUCACCUUCUCAAACCGGAAAGAUUUUCUGAAGGGAUGGCUAAG